AUGCUGUGUAAAGAUAUGAAAUCUGAACAUGAAGCAUUGCUUUUUCACUCGAACAUUUUUCACGUACGAUGGCUAUCAAAAAGAAACUUGCUUGGACGGCUUUAUAAACUACGAAAAGAAGUAGCAAUAUUUCGAGAUUUGCAGCAGAAGGUAGAUCUCCAUGACAAAUUCCAGUCUGAAGGCUUUCAUCUAUCUCUAGCUUAUCUGGUAGACAUCUUCGAAGUGUUGAAUGCUUUUGACCUUAAACUACAAGGGAAAAACAUCAACAUUCUCACGCACCACGACACCAUUCGAUCAUUCAUGGCGAAACUCGACCUCUGGAAAUGUCGAAUUCAGGAGGGAAAUAUUGCCAGUUUUAGUUACUUGGAUUCUGCUCUAAUUCACGGUAACCUUGAUUCUGAGUUAAAGAAACAGAUAAUCACUCAUCUGACUUGA